AAUUCUAAUUAUUAAUUAAACUAUGGCUUUAUCACGCGCUAAGACUAAUGAACUGCCAACUGAUGCAGUCAUCAUUUCAGAAGAUCAAGCUCUGCGAUACCAGUGGAAAAUCAUAACAUCCUGGGACAAAAUUGGAGAAGUGUGGUCUCUGCGAUAUACGCCCGGCAUACUCAGCGCCAUGGCAGCCGCAACGGGUGCCUACGUCAAUAAUCACUACCGGAAUCGCUUACGUCUGGGUGCCCAUGGUCGCCUGUCUACCUACUUGCCUAUUGUGGCAGUGCCGGCUAUCUUUGCAAUGCUUUCGCAUAAAUUCUUUAUACAGCGUCCGUUGCUGUUGAAUCCUUUGGCCGAGUGUCCAGUGUGUACGCAGAUGCGCAGCGCCGCUUUCCAAACAGCAGUGGGGGCUGUCUAUCCCACGAUUCUGGCUCCCAUUGCAGCCUUUAUGUUUGCCACCAGAUGCUAUACGUAUCGAUUGCCUUCCAUAACGGAAAAUCCAAGGGAAGUGUUAAUGCUGUAUCGAAAGCUUACGCGUCCUAUUACACCCGCACUUACCACAAUCAUUGCGAUACAGGCAUUUAUUACCAUGUACCUGACGGGCAAGGAAGAGAAACAGAACUAUAAUUUAUUGCUCCGUAUGAAACAAAUAGAACAUGAGCUGGAGGAGCAGCAUAUGACACAACAAGCACAACGAUUGAACUUUUAAUUAAUAUAGAAAAGAAACUGUU